AUGGAAUCAAAAAAUAGGAGGCCUUCAGAAUCGAGGUCGAUUAUAGACAGUGCUUGUUCAAAGCGUUAUGUAAUAGCUAUCAUGGGAUUCAUAGGCAUUGCUAAUGCAUAUGCUAUGCGAUCAGUUCUGAGUGUAGCUAUUACUGAAAUGGUAGAAGACAUUCAUAGAACAGCCAUAGACCCUAAUGGGUGCCCAGGACCAUUAAAAACGGCAAACACUACGAAUCCUAAUGCCGAAUUUGAUUGGUCUGAAACACUUCAGGGGCAUAUCCUUGGUGCUUUCUACUAUGGAUAUGUAUUUGCUCAGAUACCAGGUGGUAUUUUGGCACAGAAAUAUGGUGGAAAACAUGUGUUUGGUGUUGGUAUUUUCCUGACCGCUGUUCUAACACUAUUGACGCCAAUUGCUGCCAGGAUUGGUCCAGCGUACAUGAUCGGUGUUAGAGUACUUGAAGGCAUUGGUGAAGGUCCUACGAUUCCAGCAAUGAAUGCUUUGUUGGCUCAAUGGGUUCCUAUCGGUGAACGAUCACGUAUUGGGUCAUUUGUAUUUGCAGGAAAUAUGAUUGGCACGAUUGUGGCUCAAAGUUCCGCUGGGUAUUUGCUUAAGAUUACUGAUGAUAAUUGGCCGUUGGUGUUUUAUGUCUGUGGCGUUGUAGGGUUGAUUUGGUAUGUCUUCUGGAACCUGUUGGUAUAUAGUUCACCGAACGAACACCCCACAAUAACCGAUUACGAACUUGCAUAUCUAGAACGUAAUCUGAAAGGAGUAAAUAAAAAUAAGAAUACAUUAAAAUCUACACCAUGGAUGUCAAUGUUGUCGUCAGGUCCCAUGUGGGGCUUAAUGAUAGGUCAAAUCGCUCACGACUGGGCUCUAUUCAUGAUAAAUGCUGAUUUGCCGAAGUACAUGAAGAGCGUCAUGAAAUUUUCUAUUGCAGAAACCGGUGUAUGGAGUUCAAUGCCGCAUGUAUUGAUGUGGGUUUUCGCCAUAUUAACAGGAUGGUUAAGUGACUAUUUGAUAUCCAAUGGAAAAUUGGGAAUAUUACAACAGAGAAGAUUAUUCUCGACCAUAGCUUGUAUUGGACCUAUGUUGGGGACAUUAGCAGCAUCGUAUGCCGGUUGCGACAAGAUAAAAGUAGUCGUUCUUUUCACCGUUGGUAUGGCCACUAUGGGAUUCUUUUAUUCAAGCAUGAAAGUUAACGUAAUGGAUUUGAGUCCAAAUUAUGCUGGUCCUGCAAUGGCCAUGGUAAACGGAGUUGGAGCCGUCGCUGGAAUCGUUUCACCUCCCCUCAUCGGAUAUCUCAUACCAAAUAAUACUCUAUUGGAAUGGCGUAAUGUGUUCUGGAUUAGUGGUGGUGUAGUCAUCGUAGCGAACUCGAUAUAUUUGGUAUUGGCCUCGGCAUCCAUACAGUGGUGGAAUGAUCCGGUGCCGACUUCCGAGACUGAUGAUGGUGGUGUGUAA